AUGCAGUUCGUGACCCGUUCGCAGUUGGAAGACAAUUUCGAUGCUCCUGGUCCAUCUUUGGAGAGAGCGACGACGUCAUUGGCAUCAUUGGGAAUUCAAGAAGAGAAGCGGAGUUUCGGGAUGGAAGUAGCUCAGCUGCUAAUAUCUUUGCUGCAUGGUUGGGGACUGGAUCCAGACCUGGAUCGGGUUUGUCAAGCGAAACUCGGGCUUUUGCGUCCCAUGGUUCCCGUGUCAUUCGGUCUUCUAUCUCGUGGAGGGUAUAUGUCGCUGUUUCUGCCUACUUGGUUCCCUCCAGUCGUGCAGCCGGUGGAAGUGGCCGAGAACCUCCCACUCAAGGAGUACGAGGUUCUGUUGGCGAAGAAGACAGAGUUUUUCACCGCCAGACCAGCGACCCUUGACCGGGGACGGUAUUGAGAAGGGGCUCAGGCGUUACUGUUGGCGGAACUGAACCGAAUCGGGCCAAAAGGCAGAAAAGCUCUAGUGGAAGCAUGGGCUCCGUUUUUGCCGACUUUUAGCGAAAUCGUUUCGUCGUCGUCUGCGCAUCAAGCACACGGUGUUGGCAGCCAAAAUCCAACUGCUGCUUAUUCUCACGGUGCCCCUCAAUACCACGGGCAUCAUGGACAGAUGCAGUCUCAUGGACGAUCCAGUUUACAAAUAAAUGGACCUCCUCUAUCCCAAGGCGAUAAUAGAGCAACGUCUCCCAUACCGCCGAAUGGAAACGUAAUGCCCGCCACUGAGAAGAAUUUGAAGGGUGGCGACAACGACAGCGAUAGUAAUUCUGACGAAGACGAGGUCAUCGGUGAUGCCGGGAAAAAAGACUUGAUGUCAAUGGCAGAGAUGAAGCGAAAACAAACAACAUCAAUCGUUCUCAUGGGUGUUAUCGGUGCGGAGUUCGGACAGGAGUUGGAACCCAUCAGGAAAAAAGAAGAGGUCUCGCUUUACCCUCAAGCGAAUGACGGGAAACAAGUCCAGGAAGGCUUUGGGAUCGCUCAGGCACUUGCGAGACAAACCACUCAAGCGUUGUCGUAUCUGCUUCUGGCUCCACCAUCUCCUGGUUUACCGCCUUAUUCUGCACUACGAAGAUCUGCUGUGGAUCUGAUUGGACGAGGUUUUCCGGUAUGGGAGCCACAUUUGGAAGUUUCCAAGGUUCUCUUGGGAUUGUUGGAAUUGUGUGCCGCGGACGCUGACAAACUUGCCCCUAGUAUGGAGUAUGGAUUACCAUUGACGCCAGUUGCAGAUAUGUGUAGAACUUCUCGUCACGCCCUGUUGUUGGUCGCGACUGCCAGACCGCAAGUGUUCAUUACAACUCUGGCACGAGAGGUUGCGAGAUACAACACUUUGCAGCAAAAUGCGCAAACCUUGAAUGUGAAUCUGUCCGCAUCUGUCCUUGCGAGAGCAAAAGCGGAUAUGCUGCGCGUUUUAUCAAAAUUAUUCGAAACCCGACAACUUGAGGUUGUGAAUCUCAUGGUUGAGGUGAUGGACAUCGUUUUGCAUUGCAUCGAUACCGGCCAUUUGAGAGCGAAAACUUUGCAAGAAGUUUUUCCGACGAUUUGUCGAUUUCCCAUGGUCGCUCAUUGUUUGCAAACGAGACGGAUUGCAGUUGGAGCUCAGAACGGCCAACUUGCCUUGUAUGAGCUCAAAGGAUCCAAAUGUCAGAGCAUUCCAGCCCACGUUGCGGGUAUCACUGCGUGUGCCUUUGCCCACGACGGAAAAUUUCUCGCGACUUACUCUCAAUCCGAAGCGCGUUUGUCCUUUUGGCAAACCUCUUCCGGCAUGUUUGGCCUGGGCAACACGCAAACCAAGUGCGUCAAGAGCUUCAGCACAGCACCAGUGCCCGAGAUUGUGCGACUGAAUCCAUUGCGAACAGCGAGGCUGGUGUGGAUCAACGCGAGAACAAUUGCCCUCCUCAUGCCUGAUGGAUCUGAAUCGCGAUUCAGCGUCUGAAAAAAAAGGAAUCAAUAAUCAGACGAAAAAAUUGAAGCCUUCUGAAAGAUAAAAUCAAGAGGAUGUCAGUACGUCGAGGGCGAGGGGGGAAAACUGUUGCCAGAGCGAAUUCCGCUCUCAUCGUUGAAAUAUCGUGAGAAUUCUUCGCAAGAUAUCAAUGCUCUUUGUAUUAAAAAGAUUAUCUUCUGCGGGGGAAUCAAAUAAUGCUUCUUUUGGUCCACGAGGAGCUAUAUCGUGCAAAAGAUGCGAGUAUUUCUUUGAUUGCCCGAUUUUCAUUGCAUUGAUUCAUUAUUCUGUGGACGCGAAAAGGACUUUAGUUUGUUGUCUGCUAAUUUAUUUUGGGUCGAUGACGAUCUUCCACCUGCAAAAUUAGACUUCCAUAUUGUUCGGAUUUCUUUUCUCAUUCCCAAUGAUUCGGUGUACAAUUCCAAGUUUAGAAGCGUUGAACCUCUCUUCAUAGGUUUGUUCAAUUUCUAGAAAAAUCAGCGAAGGAAUCAAAUCAUCAGGUGCACUUUUCCGAGUGGUGAGAAAAACUAGUACUGUUAUGGGAACCCAAGAGUCACAGCUUUGUUGAAAAAUAUCCGUUCAACUGCAUGUUGGAAAAUGAUUUUUGUUGAAGCGAAAAAAAGUGAGCAUUAAAUUUGUUUCGUUUCGAUGACGUUUUAAAAAUAUUCUUUGAAAGGAACACGGCGUUAUGAAAUGAAGCCAAGGGCUCUUUGCAUCGGUUUGGGUUCUUUCGAGGGAACUAUUGUUCCUUGAGCAUCCACAUGGGCACUGCUUAUUGGAGUUCUCUUUUUUUGGAGUACAAUGGAUGGAAAAGAAUUUAGGGAAUGUAUCUCAUAAAGCUAAGUUCCCAAUUCAUUACUGAAUCGGUCCAUUUAAUCUAUUGUUGUUGGGGAAAAAAAAUCCGCUUGCUUUUACGGUGGAAAACUUCAUACACGUUUCCGGAUCCACGAUAUUGCAAAAAAAAUAUUCUUUUUAUUCUAGAGUUUUACGUUGAUUUUUGAUCUCGGACUCAUAGAUGGUCGAUUAGGAUUUAUUUUUGGGUUCCGCUUUUGCGUGGGCUUAGUUCUCUCGCGGUUUUUGUUUUGUGAUUUUAGGAUUUGUUUUGUAUUCGCUUUUUUGUGGGAGGACGGGUUCAGCGUGAGUUCAUUUUGUUGCUUGUCCUGCAACCAUUGUGAUCGUCGUCGUUAACCAAUGAGGAGAGACUUUGGAUCAA